UCUGUCCACCGCCCCCCAACCAUAGAGCAGCGGGGGGCGGGCCAGAGCGCCACCAAUCAUAGAGAGGCCGGGAGGAGAGAGAGACAGCGACGAUGCGGAAGUGCAGGACGGGCUGAAGACGACAGAAUGACACAAUGGAAGACGCUGGGCCCUCCCUCCUCCCUGACAGCAUCCUCUACCAGAUAUUCCUGAACCUGGGGCCUGUAGAUCUACUGUCUGCUGGUCUGGUGUGCCGGCGCUGGUACCAGGUGUCCAGAGAUGACUUCUUGUGGAAGGAGCUGUUCUACAGACAUUACCAGGUGCAGCGGUACAUCCACCGGUACCCAGGCUCUGACUCCUGGUAUGAGGAGUUCCAGCGUCUCUGUGACAGUGUCCCAUGUGUGGAGGUGGAGAGGCUGCAGGAGCACACAGACCAGGUCCUGCACAUCAGCUUCUCCCGCUCCGGAGAACUCUGCGCCUCCUGCUCUAAGGACUGCACGGUGAAGAUCUGGAACACCAGACACCCCAUAACCCUUCAGCACAGCGCAAACAUGAGGCCUCACCACUGGAACUACACCCAGUUUUCACAGUUUAAUUCUGACGACACGCUCCUCCUGGUGUCCGGGGUCUACGUGGGACCCCACAACUCGUGUGCAGGAGAAAUAGCCGUCUUCAGUCUCGAUGGAUUUAACCUUCUGUCCAGAGUAAGGAAUAAACCCUACGACGUGUUUGGCUGUUGGCUCAAUAACACGCACCUAAUCUCCGGGAACCUGCACCGCAUGGGCCGGGUCACCUCCUGCUCCGUGCUGUGGUUGAACAAGGCCUUUCAGGACGUGGAGUCCGAGAACCUUAAUGUGGUGAAGCGACUCUUCAAAAUCCAGAACCUGAACGCUAGUACUAUCCGUAUGAUCAUGGUGGCCGAUUCCCCGGAUGUACUGGCGGGGGCUGGGAAUAAGGGCAAGGAGGCGGAACACUGUCCUCCACAGCUACCAGAGAAGGAAGAGGAAAGUGCCGCGGAGGACGAGCGAGGAAGGGACAUUGUGGAAGAAGAUGCUCAGAUCACUGCUGCUCUUCAGUUUUUAAUGGAUGACCAUGUCCAAGAACAGCAGGGGGCGCCGCAGACUCCACUCACUGAGGAGCAGUUUGAGACUAAGGUGGCCCAGUGGUAUGCAAAAUACAGGACAAGACAGUCAGACGGACCGCAGGCCGGGGAGGGAAGCGAGAAAUACCUCAUCUUCACUACCGGCUCUCUGACCUACUCCCCUCAUCAGAUCGGGAUUAAGCAGCUUCUUCCUCAUCAGAUGACCACAGAAGGGCCCGUGCUGGGAGAGGAGCGGGGCCCCAAUGAGUUCUUUGACUCCCUUGACCAUGUCAUUAACAUUCACGGGCACAUUAUAGGCAUGGGUCUUUCCCCGGAUCACAGGUAUCUGUAUGUAAAUAGCCGCUCCUGGCCGAAAGACUGCGUGAUCUCUAAUCCCAUGUAUCCACCGCCCAUUGCCGAGGAAAUAGAACUUCGAGUCUUUGACCUUAAGACCCUGCGGGAGGUGAAGGAGCCUCUGCGAGCCCACAGAGCGUACACCCCCAAUAACGAGUGCUUCUUCAUCUUCCUAGACGUCAGCCAAGACUUUGUGGCCAGUGGAGCAGAGGAUCGCUGUGGAUACAUCUGGGACCGCCACUACCACGCCUGUUUGGCCCACCUGCCCCACGAGGACGUGGUCAAUUCUGUGGCUUUCUGUCCUGUAGAUCAGGAGCUUCUGCUGAGCGCCAGCGAUGACUAUACGAUCAAGGUGUGGCGUUCCAGGAGCUCCCUGCGUCGCCCCCAGAACUUAUCGAGGCCUUCACUUUGGUCUGCAUCCUAUGACACUUGAUGCUCUGACAGCUCCACAUCAGUUACUACAGAGCUUUUCAGUUUGGAAUCUACAUCGAAUCUCUGCUGGAUGUGAAAACGGCUUAGUGGGGUUUUUCCAGUUUUUUGUAAAUUAAUCAGAAAGAUAUUUUCUACAAAUUGCUAAUACAGUUUCCCACUAAUUUCUAAAUCUGUUUGCAGUCAGUGAAUGGCAGCAGAGCUUGUACAGCGCUAGUGCUGCUCCCAGGCGAGAGGUAUUUCCAGUCCUUUCCAGUCUGGACACUGCUCUGUGAGCAGAGAUCAGUUAAUCUGUUACAGUGUAUCAGUGCAGUCCUUACUGGACACAACUGUAUGCUAUAAGGCCAGUUUCACACUUGCGGCCUGCCGGAGCUCUCUGGAUGCCGUGUAGCCACAUGUUACCGCAAUUCCCGUCAGCGCCAUUGACUAUAAUGGGAUACGGCCACUACCUGCCAAAUAUGCCGGGAUUCAGCCGGACAAUAACUUGUCUGCAGUAUUUUUUGUCCAGCUGAAUCCCGCCAUUUGACAGGUAGUGACUGGAUCUCCACGGGAUCCCAUUAUAGGCAAUGAGGAUAUUAGUCAUUGCGGUAACAUCCGGCUACGCCAGAUCCAGAGAGCAGGACUGUAAGGUUUGCUGCCUGUGAAUGCUAAAUAGUCUCAGUCACUGACAGCAACCAGAUCUUUUUCCUCAGUGAGGAACUAUAAGGCCUCAUGCACACGA